AACGGCCCCACUAGCCCACAGACCCCGGCGCCGAGGGCCGAGCCGACGGGGCGUGAGCGAGCCCGCACCCGGCCUUGCAGCCUUCUCCCCCCGGGGACCUGCGCCGAGCCCGCACUCACUUCUCUCCUGUUCCUGGGCUUCGACAACCGGACCCCCCGUCGCGCAGCACACACGCGAGGCCUGGGGCGAUGGACCCGUUUACCGAGAAGUUGCUAGAACGAACCCGUGCCAGACGAGAGAAUCUCCAGAGAAAAAUGGCGGAGAGGCCUGUGGCGGCAGCAAGGUCAGCGCAGGCGAAGCGAGGCAGAGAGCCACUUUCAGAAGCGAGUAAUCAGCAGCCGCUACCUGGGGGCGAAGAGAAAUCUUGUACAAAACCAUCACCAUCAAAAAAACGUUGUUCUGGCAAAACUGAAGUGGAGGCUUCGGACCUAGAAAAUAAAGAACCUGUUGAAUCAACUGCUGCAAAGCCGUGUUCUCCAAAGCCUGCCCCCCGUCAGGUGCAGCCCCCAGCACCCCGUCAGGUGCAGCCCCCAGCACCCCAUCAGGUGCAGCCCCCAGCUCCAGCUGCCGGCAGUGAUUCCUCGGCGGCCCCAGCCUCGCUGCCCAGCAUGGGCAGAGGGCUGAACUCAAGAUCAGAAGCAUCCGCUGCCUCAGUUAAAACCCGCAUGCAAAAACUUGCAGAGCAGCGCCGCCAUUGGGAUAGCGACAUAGCAGAUGAUGUAUCAGAAAGCUCACACUUCUCACCAAUGCCAUCUAAGGAAAAGGCUACCUCACCUUCCAAGCCACCCCUUUCAAAUGCCUCAGCUACCCCAGUUGGGAGAAGGGGCCGUCUGGCUAACCUUGCUGCUACGAUUUGCUCCUGGGAAGAUGAUGUCAGCCACUCAUCUGCAAAGCAAAAUAGUGUACAAGAGCAGCCUGGUACUGCUUGUUUAUCCAAAUCUUCCUCUGCAAGCGCAGCAUCUGCUAGCAUCAAUAGUAGCAGUGUUCAGCAGGAAGCUACAUGCUGUUCCCAAAGGGACGGCAAUGCUGCUGUCAGUAAAGCCCCAUCUUCGAGCGCUGACGACGGGUCAUCGCUUCAAGCUUCAGUGGCCAGCUCCGUGAAAACGACAUCUUCCCCUGUGAAAUCUGCUACAUUUAUCACCAGUACUAAAAACUGUGAUGUGCAAAAUCCUGAGCUACUUCACAAAACUGCUAGUCCUCUGAAAACAGAGGCACUGAAACCAAGUGAGAAGCCAACUUUAUCCCAGGCGGUUAAGCCCAAGGAAGCAGCUAACAGAGAAGUCUGUCUGCAGUCCCAACCCAAGGACAAACCUGCAACACCAGGAGGAAGAGGAAUAAAGCCUUUCCUGGAACGCUUUGGAGAACGUUGUCAAGAACACAGUAAAGAAAGUCCAGCUUAUAGAGCAUCCCAUAGAACCCCUAAUAUCACUCCAAAUACAAAGGCCAUACAGGAACGAUUAUUCAAGCAAAACACAUGUUCAUCUACUACCCAUUUAGCACAGCAGCUCAAACAGGAACGCGAAAAAGAACUCUCGUGUCUUCGUGGUCGAUUUGACAAGGGAAAUUUAUGGAGUGCAGAAAAGGAUGAAAAGUCAAGAAGCAAACAGCUAGAAACCAAGCAGGAAGUUCACUGUCAGAACACUCCCCUCAAGAAACAUCAAAUUGGUUCAAGCACCCCGUUGACUUCUGUAACAGACAAGGUGGCUGAAAAUCAACCGGCCGUGAAGAUUCCUAGCACAGAGCCUGCAGGUUCCACGGAAAGUGAAAUGACAAAGUCCAGCCCUUUGAAAAUAACAUUGUUUUUGGAAGAGGAAAAGUCCUUAAAGUUAGCAUCAGACCCAAAGGCUGAGCAGAAGACCGAAGUAGUACAUGAAAUUGAGAUGAGUGUGGAUGAUGAGGAUAUCAAUAGCUCCAAAGUCAUUAAUGACAUCUUCGGUGAUGUCCUAGAGGAAGGUGAACUGGAUGUGGAAAAGAGCGCAGAGGAGAUGGAGCAGGUGGGAGCAGAAGACAGUGAAGAGCAGGAAGAUGCACUGAACAUCUCUUCAAUGUCCUUGCUCGCCCCGUUAGCUCAGACGGUUGGUGUGGCGGGUCUAGAGAAUGUAAUUUCUUCACCUAAAUUGGAAUUGGGAGACACUAGCGCAAGUGCUGCAAGUCCCAAACCGGGGAAAUUCCAAAGAACUCGCGUCCCUCGAGCAGAAUCUGGUGAUAGCCUUAGUUCUGAGGACCGUGACCUCCUUUAUAGCAUUGAUGCAUAUAGGUCUCAGAGAUUCAAAGAGACAGAACGCCCUUCCAUAAAGCAAGUGAUUGUUCGAAAAGAAGAUGUUACUUCAAAAUUGGGUGAAAAGAAUAAUGUCUUUUCUUCUCAAGUCAAUAUCAAACAGAAAAUGCAGGAGCUCAAUAAUGACAUAAAUUUGCAGCAGACAGUGAUCUAUCAGGCCAGCCAGGCUCUGAACUGCUGUGUUGAUGAAGAGCAUGGGAAAGGGUCCCUAGAAGAAGCCGAAGCAGAAAGACUCCUUCUGAUUGCAACUGAGAAGAGAGUGCUUCUGAUUGAUGAACUGAACAAGCUGAAGGGGGAAGGCCCUCAGAGGCGACAGAAGGCUGCUGCCAUAGUGCAGAGUGGAUUUGUUCCAUCUAAAGGCUCGGUCACUUUGUCAGAAAUCUGCUUGCCUCUGAAAGCAGAUUUUGUCUGCAGCACUGCUCAGAAACCAGAUGCAUCAAAUUACUACUACCUGAUUAUGCUGAAGGCUGGAGCUGAACAGAUGGUGGCCACGCCGCUAGCAAGCGCUGCAAACUCUCUGAGUGGGGACGCGCUGACAUUUCCCACUACGUUUACUCUGCAUGAUGUUUCCAAUGACUUUGAAAUAAAUGUUGAAGUGUACAGCUUGGUACAAAAGAAAGAUUCCUCAGGCCCAGAUAAGAAGAAGAAAGCAUCCAAAUCCAAGGCUAUUACUCCAAAGAGACUCCUCACGUCUAUAACUUCAAAAAGCAGCCUUCAUUCUUCAGUUAUGGCCAGUCCAGGAGGCCUCAGUGCUGUGCGCACCAGCAACUUCACCCUGGUUGGAUCUCACACACUGUCCUUAUCUUCCGUUGGAGAAACUAAGUUUGCUUUGGACAAGAUAAAUUUUGAUGUAAGAGAGCAGGAGCUACUGGGCUAUUUGUUCCAAGAAAAGGUACCUUUCUUAUCUCCUUUGGAAGGUCACAUCUGUUUAAAAAUAAGCUGUCAAGUGAAUUCAAGUGUUGAGGAGAAAGGUUUUCUAACCAUAUUUGAAGAUGUUAGUGGCUUUGGUGCCUGGCAUCGAAGAUGGUGUGUUCUCUCUGGAAACUGUAUCUCUUACUGGACAUACCCAGAUGAUGAGAGGCGAAAGACUCCCAUAGGAAGGAUAAACCUGGCCAAUUGUAUCAGUCAUCAAAUAGAACCAGCCAACAGAGAAUUUUGUGCAAGACGCAACACUCUGGAGUUAAUUACUGUCCGACCACAAAGAGAAGACGACCGAGAGACUCUCGUGAGCCAAUGCAGGGACACGCUCUGUGUCACCAAGAACUGGCUCUCUGCAGAUACUAAAGAAGAGCGGGAUCUCUGGAUGCAGAAACUUAACCAGGUCAUUGUUGAUAUUCGCCUCUGGCAGCCUGAUGCUUGCUACAAGCCUGUCGGAAAGCCUUAAACUGAGGCAGCUCCCAUGCUGUGGAGAGGCUUGCUAGCUGUGUCAAAGGCUGUCUUAAGAAGACACUGUUAAAAGCACCAGAUUUGCGAAUUGUGUUUCAUGCUUUAAGUAUAAAGGGUUUGUGCAAAUAUUCACUACAUAGUGCGCAGUAUUUAUAUUUUUCUAUGUGAACUUCACCCAGUUCCUCUUGCAUUCAUAAGUGCUUAACAAACACUUAUGAUGUUCAUGAUAAUUGAUUUUGCUAAAUCUAAAGCUAAGAGUCAGUUAAUUCGUGGCAAAACAUAUCUAUUGUAAUCAAGUUCUGAGUUGUCUUUUGGAGCUGUGGGUUUUGAGGUAUUAAGGUCUUCUGGAGAGAACAAACAGAAACAUCUAGUUUGAGUUCUUCUCCAGCUUUGGUGGCUUUUUUAAAAAGUUGUGGUCAUUGAUGGCUCUUAAUAUGGCGUGUGGCUGGAGUACUGAAUGCAGAGAUGAGAAAAGACAACAAAAGCUUGUUAGUUUAAUAUGAACUUGAGGCUGCUUUCUGAAGAGACGUGGAUGUGGUGACACUAUGUGGCAUUUGGGGCUAAAAUAUUUUAUAUAGAAGCAUUAAGAGUCACAUGGCUUGCUUUCACUCCGUUUCUAUGGAUGCCAUGUGGUGCACAUUUCCACAGUAAUGGGCUUUAGUAAAUAGUCAUUUUUCCAUAUAGCUUAGAGAUUUCUCAUUGACCUAGUAUUUUUCUCUUAUAAUAAGAACAAAUGUAAACUGAAGAACAUUUACAUAAGAUUUACAAUUUUGCCAAGCUGCUGUGGACUGUUACUUUGCUUGCCAAAGUUCUUAUCUGUUUUUUUUUCUUGUCCAUAUAUGACAAUUUCUAGAAAUCUGUUUUGAGAUCACUGAAAAAAUAGUAAGCCAUGUAUUACCUUUAAAAGCCCGAUAUCUUCUUGCAAUUUAGAAUUAUUUAAAUUCAUGGCUUUAAUUUUUAAAUAGAGUUUGAAUUUCUUCUGUAUUAAUUAUUGAUGUUUUCAUUUAUAAACACUAAAUUCUAUCACAUGCCAUUAUAUUUCUUACUCAUUUAAAUGUAGUUUUUCUUAUGUAUAUUAUAAAAAUAUUUUAUGACCUCCUUCAUAAAUAAAUAAUUUAAAUUGUCCAAAGAAUCAGCUAUUUAGGAACUGCUGUGUGUGAUAUGAUCACUGUGUAUGCCUUGGUUGUGCUUGGGACACUGUUGACAGUGCCCCGUGUGCAUUGUCACCUCUGGCCUGGUCUUCGACUGCUCUGGGUUCUUGUUGAGUGAGCAGGCGUGUGAAGGGCCAUCGCUGGGUGUUCAGCAGGGUGUGGUGGUAUUCCAUACCCAGUGCUUAGUGGACCCUGAGUGAGCAGCAGCGAGAACAGGGGCAAGUUGACUGGGUAGUUUGCAGGCCAAGGGGAGGCUCACCUUUAUCUUCAAGGAGCCAUCUAGGAGUGGCACAAAAACUCAAGAGCACAAACAAGUUUUUUUUGUUCUCAGACUGCUUUUUUCAUUUCUUAGUUACAUAUAUGUAUAUCACUUACAAAUAUAUAGUUUUCCGUAUGUAAGUGUUCCAUACAUACUAUUUGUUAUAAUAUAUAAAAAAAAAGACCACAUCUUAAAGCUCAUUUCAUUUUAGUGUGUGUGUGCUUUUAUAUAUAAAGUUUAAGGUAUAUGUUGGUUACUUUUCAUGGUUAAUGAAACAAUCUAGAAUCACCUUAAUAGGGAGUCUUCCUGAGGGAUUGUCCAGGUGAGGUUGGCCUGUGUGCAUUUCUGUGGGGGACAUCAUUUGUGUGUGUGUGUGUGUGUGUGUGUGUACAUGUGGAUGUAUGUGGAUCCUCUGCAGCUGUAGUUACAGGCAGGAGUGAGCUGCCACACAUGGGUGCUGAGAAUCAAAUUUGGGUCACGUGCAAGAACAGCGAGCAUUCUUAACUACUGUGCCAGCUCUUUAGCCCCAUGAGUGUGGUUCUUAACUCGGAUUAGUUCAAGUGGAGAGACCCACCCUGAAUGAGGGCCAGCACCAUUUCAUGUCCUGGGCCCGGGCUGAAUAAGAAAGAGCUGAGCUGUGGCAUGCAAGAACAUUUCAUUGUUUCUGUUCUUGACUGACUGGCUUCUUCAAGUUCUUCAAGCCGCCUUGGCUUCCUGGCAGUGAUGGACCGGGAUUGUGAUCCAAUAAACUCUUUCUUGCUGGGGUUGCCUCUGUCGGUGUUUUAUCACAGCGACAGGAAACAGAAUCAAAACAAGGUGACUGUGGAACGUAAGUUGGAAACACCAGCAGACGGGAGAAUAUGACCGAUGACCCACUCUUCUGCCAGAGGGGCUUUGUGAAGCCGUUCAACAGAUAAGAGCAUUCUGGAAGUAUAAUAUGGAAAGAGAAGGUAUAAAAAACAAAAAACACUGUUCUUCGGGUGAAGCAUGAAGUCUAGAAGACAAAAAGUACUUUAAGGUCCUGACUAAAGCGCCAAGGAAGACUGAUGGGAAGAAAUCCCCAAGGCAGCCAACUAAAUAAAUGGUUCAGACAAAAGGCUAUUACAGUGACAGCCACAGAGGGAAAAUUGAUUGAUUUGAUUGCAUUACUAAGAUACAUUUCUGGGAAGUAGUGGAAAGGUAACAAGAUUUAAUAACAAAUGUGUGUGUUUGUGUGUACAGAUGUGAAAGAGGCCAUGUAUGAAAAUAUAAUGAAACUCAUUAUGUAUAUGUUAACAUAUGCUAAUAAUAUAUUUUAAAACUCUUUUCUUAUAAAUAUCUGUAGAUAAAGGUAAACACAAAAGGUGAAUAUGCAUGAUAUAAUAAAAGACUGCAAACUAUAAAA